AUGAAUAGCUAUGAAUUGGGCAGCAGUCUGUAUGAUGGCCUGUGGCAUGCAGUUAACAUCAAUGCUAGAAGACAUCGCAUCACCCUAACUCUAGAUAAUGAUGUCACAUCUACUGUUCGUGCAACCACUGUUUCACAGAUUUAUUCAGGGCACAGCUACUAUUUUGGAGCGUGCCCUGACAAUUUUACCGAUUCAAAAUGUUUAAAUCCCAUUACGGCUUUUCAAGGCUGCAUGAGACUCAUCUUUAUUGAUAACCAACCCAAGGACCUCAUUUUAGUUCAGCAAGGUUCCCUGGGGAAUUUUAGUGAUUUGCACAUUGAUCUCUGUGGCAUCAAAGACAGGUGUCUGCCAAACUACUGUGAACAUGGAGGAGAAUGCUCCCAGUCCUGGACAACGUUCCAUUGUGAUUGUGGUGAAACUGGCUACAAGGGAACAACUUGCCAUAACUCUAUUUAUGAGCAGUCAUGUGAAGCCUAUCGGCACCAAGGGAAAACAUCUGGUUUCUUCCACAUUGAUUCUGAUGCAAGUGGUCCACUUCCACCACUUUUAGUCUACUGCAAUGUAACUGAAGAUAAGAUCUCGACUGUGAUCCAUCACAACAACAGUGAACUGACUCGAGUCCGUGGGGCUGAUCCAGGGAAGCCAUACACCAUGAACUUCAACUACAACAGCAGCACAGAGCAGCUGGAGGCGAUGAUAAAUAGUGCCGAAUACUGUGAACAGGAGACAGCUUACCACUGCAAAAAGUCACGUCUGCUCAACACCCCAAGGAAAAUUCAGCAGAAUUUGAGAAGAUGUGGGUGAAUUGUAUAUCUAAUGAGGCAUCAGGC